UUACCUUGUGUAUCCGGAAAUAAACAGUCCCGUGAUGUCAGCUAACUCCGCGUAGCAUCGGAAUGAGUCGGAGACCGUUCACUCUUCCAAACUCCUGGAUCUGUGCUCGCAGUGAUCGGCGUAGUUGUCCGGUCAUCUGCUAAUGUCAGUUCAUCCUGAAGCCGAGCGAUGUCAGAGUUUAUGUUGCCAUCCGACGGACGUCAAGGGCGAGUGAAUAACACUCACAUGACAUGACGGAAUGCCUUUCGAUUAGCAGGUCGGUGUGCUGCCCAGGCUCGCGGACUAGUUAAUACGAACAUCCGUUACUCGCUUGAUGGGAGUCAUGUCGCGCUUUGCGCUGAGGCAACUGUCUGAUUUGGAGGACUAUACCGACAAGAAUGAGCUGCACGAGAGUUUAAAGACCGAUCAUGACAACAGACUCGCAAACGUUCGUCUGAGCGCAGAUGGACGUCACGUUCAUGUCAUCCUCCACAAGCCAAAGGUUGGUCUUGUGACUCUGGACAAGUAUGAAAGACCUCAGCUGAGUCAAGUUGAGAGGAAGCUGGAUUUGUGUUCCACACAAAGCGUUCCCAUUGUGGAUCUUUUAUAUUUGGACACUAAUAAUAAUAAUAAUGGCAUCAACAGGGACUUUGUGACUGUAGCUGUGAUUUACGAGAACGGACGAUCUGAGUUUUGGCAGUUCCAAGAUUCCAAAGGAGGCUGGAGUCCCCUGCAAACAGCCGACUUGUGUAACAGUCCCCGGGCCCGAGUGGUGUCUGUGUGCGCCUGCUCUAAUCUAAUCGUCUGGUGUGAGGAGAGGCCCCCCUCAGAGAGCUCCCCCAUCCUCAGCUCUCCCAGGAGUAAGCUGAGACAUUGUAUCUGCAGGAGGGACUUUGAGUUGAAGGAGGGGACUGUCAUUUUAGGAGGGGUGAAAAUCGCCCUCCACAACAACCCUCGAUUCAAGGUGGUCGCCUCGGGGCAGUAUGUGCACCUCCUUCCGGAUGUCAAAUUGAAACCACUGAGAAAAUUCUUCCUCUCUUGGUGCCCUCGCCAGGACUCCUUCCGGAUCAGCACGGUGUGUCAAGCCACCCCCUUGAAAAAACAGUCGACGAAGGAGUCGGACUUUAGGAAACUGAUCGCAGACUGUUUAGGGUUUCUGUCUGCGCUUGACCCCCCUGAGAUCCUCAAUGUCGCUCCUUCGGCUUGUGGAGGAUUGCUGCUUCUUCUCAACACGGGCUGGGUGUGUCUCCUGCAAAGCGAUGGAGUGCUGCGCCAAAUAUACAAGAUGGCCGACACAUGUCCGCUUACAUACUCAACACACAUCAGCCUCUGCACAUACCAGGACACAUUGGUGCUGGUCUUCGGCCAAAAACUCUAUCUUAUUGACUCAAAGUGUGGUAGAGAACUGGAAAUAAUAACACUAGACAAGGAGGGGUUUUUAUUUCCCAUAAAAACUGAUGGAUCACCGCACUUGUUUUCAGUAACUGGACUUUUUCAAGUGGUGCGUCAGGAUACAGACAGCAUUAACCUAAAACCGAAGUUGCCUUCUUUCACUGCAGCGGAGAACAUUCACCCUGGAGCACUCCUGGUGGAAGCCGUGUUUGAGGAGGCAUGUAAAUAUUACCAACAGAGGAGCCUGAGUAGCACCCAACUCACUGUGGACUCCUUAAAGAAAGGAGGGAGAUUCCAGGCACCCAUCUCUUUAGCAUCCAUCCUCAAUGACUACCUCAGCUCGGGGCCCAAGCAGAACGCAGAAGAGCCAUCCCAAAAUGGAGAAAUUGGAGGCGAUGUGGGGGAGGACAAGUUAAAAGUCUCACUGGAGCCUGAGUUGAAGGCCUUAGUGGCUGUGGAAGAGUUGAAGCGGGCUCUGGUGAGGGGCAGCCUGAAAGAAGUGGAGGCACUUUGUGAGAGUCUAGUAGGAAAAGAAAUAGCCCGGCUGCUGUGGUCCUCGGAGCUACAUCGAGACGACCUGCUCUACCUCAACUCCAUCUUCGACGUCUUCCCGUGUCAAGCGUGGAGGGCGGUGCAAGCUGCUCUCCAGCUCCACUACAAUGGGGAUGGCUCUCUGUCCAGCCAGGCAUCUCCAGAUGUAUGGAAAACUGUCCUUGGUCCCGUGCCGAGUUUCCCAGCUUCAGUCCCACUUACAAACGGUGGGUCAAAGCAUAGGAAGAGCUCCAAAGCAGAUCACAACGCCAACUGUAGGUCCAAGUCGACAAGCUCCGCUUCACCUGUCGCCCUGCCCGUCUUCGAACUCCUCUGCCAUUCGGUGUUACGCUUCCAGCCCACUCAGUUACCGCGUUUCCUCGAGCUCAGCCAGCAGCAGCAGGGUUCAGCCGGACUGGGGCUGAGCCUGGCUGCUUCCACUUGGAGCUUCCCCACCGGUGGAGGAGACAACGGCGAGAACAACGUGCCUCUCUAUAAGCGUGCCCUGAGCGUGCUGUCGUCGGCGAGAACACAUCGAGACCAGUUGCAGGAACUAGAGGUGGAAGUGUUAAUGGUCAGCGGGCGGCCCAACGCCAUCCUCCAGGCGUUAAGGAUUCUGAUUGAUCAGCAGCAGUGGGAGAAGGUGACCGAAGUGGCCCAGAAGUUCUGCAAACAGAGUCCCCUGCUGAACAAGGAGAUCUUCACUACACUGCUGUGUGAGGUGACCCAGCACAGAGAACUGGACCCCUACCUGGAUCUGCUGUGGGCGCUGUGCCCUGAGGACAUCACCGUCACCACCAUUCUGAACCUGGUACUGAAAAACCUCCCGCCGCCCAGCACGUCGUCCUCUUCGUCCCUUUCCGUGGCCUUCAGGCCCGACUCUUUUCCAGCUCCCUUUGCUGAUCCAGAGAGUGGUCAGGUGACCAUCGGCCUCCUCAAACCUCUGCUGAGAAAAGUUCUCCAGAGGGAAACCAAGCCCAGCCAGCACUACGCCGACAUCCUUCAGUCCCCCUCAUCCGUGCCUCCUGCUCCCCCUUGCAUGCCCACGGAACCAUCCAAGACCAGCACAGACUUACUUGUGGACAGUACCUUGGUUCGUGGUUCUACCUGCUAACAGUCUGAUGCGAGCACUUUUUAAAGACUCUUGACAGAGUCUCAUCUUUAAAGCGAUGACUACUCACCGUGUUACCAAAUACGGCCGCUAAUUUUAACAUGUACAUAGUUCGCCUGUAGGAAAUAAUUUAUCCCAUCAGUGUUGCAUGCAUGUGGAUGACAAAGUUAAUCAUUGGCUUCUCACAGUUGUGUUACUAUUUCUUUUUCUUAACUUCCACAUCUAAGAAGAGAUUGUCCCUGAAUGCUCUACACUGUCCAAUGCUGUCAUUGGGCCACCCCCCCCUUUUCCCUCCACCCCUUUCCAGCUCACAAGACAUUCCUGACAGAGAUGCCAAAGAGACUAAUAGUUGAGACUUGCAAUUCAAUUUGGGAGUAAUUCCAGCAUGAGGGGGGAGGGGGCACAUGGUCUGAGCUAUACACAAUCUGUGUCUUAUCUUUCAGCCUCCGUGCUCUGGUUUGCCAUCACCUCAGUCAGCAGUGUUUGCAUUACAGUUUUCAAGUGGUUUGCUUUUUUGGUCAUGCUGCAGUGCCUCAAAUGAAGCAUUUAAUAUGAAGAGAUUUGUUGCCCACAAAAAACACAGUUAUGACAUUUUUGUAACCGUGUCAGACAAGAUGGUUGAUUUGGUUUGAAUGUCAUUCCUGUUGAAGUUAAGCACUACUGCAAUCAGCUGAGUUCAUUUUUAAAGUGCCUACAACAAUUUGCUUUUUCUGUCCAGGGAAGGCUCCCUUUUUUGUAAAACUAAGAAAACUGUCAAUGUAUGUCUGUGUGAACGCUAUUAAACUGUUAUAAAAUG